CGAGCAGCUGGCACAGCUCCAGCAGCCUGAACAGCGUGACAUUCCAGCCUUCUACACUUAGCCACACCACCCACAAGUCUUUUGUCUCUGGAUAUUCCCUACCCAUUUCAACUGCUGUGGGUUAGCUCACCUGACCACUCUGCUGCUGUGCUCACAGAAAACCUCCCCAUAAAGUAAACAUGUUAUAAUAGAGACAACUAGGAACAAACAGCAGGAGUUAUUCAAGCUUUAUGGUCUUGUUGGAGAGUGAGGCUUCCUGUGACGCAGCAAGAAGUACAGGUUGAUUUGUCUGUCUUGAAGUUUGCUCGGCCUGUGGGGCUGGAUUUCCUCUCUUGUGUUUCCUGUCAGAGCAGCAGAAAGCUCAGCAUAGGGAGGGACAGCCGUGCCCUCUCCUAUUCUCUGGGUCCUGGCCCCAGACACCACCCUGUACAGCUGGAGUCCUACCCCCUCCACGGUGAUGGCUCCUUGGACCAAGCCCACCUUGGUCUCCUUCUGGCUCCUGUCUCUCUGCUCCAUCACCCUGGCUGGGGUUCACCAUAUGUCCUAUCUCCAGCUCAUCUCCCCGCAGGCAGCCUCUGGUCUGCCCAAGCGACUGCAAGUGAUGAGGGUGAAUGACCUGGUGCUCUCAGUCUAUGACAGCAACACACGCAGGCAAGCUCCCCGCAAUGGGUACAUCCCAGGGAACCAGGAAAGCCAGCAGUUCUGGAAUGCACGCACGGCUGGGUGCCUGGCUUGGGACUCCUGGGUGGAGACCGAGUACCAGGGCCUGGUGCGGGAGAUGAACGCCAGCUCCCCAAAGGCGGAGCCCUACUACAUGCAAAUCCUAAAGACCUGUGAGCUGGACGAUGCCACUGGUGCUGUCCGAGCUGUCACCAGAUAUUCCCUCAAUGGGGAGGACCUGCUGCAGCAUCAGACUGAUCAGAACCGCUGGUUCUCAGUGCACCCAGCAGCCUGGCGAGUGGCAGAGCGCUGGAACCGCGGAGGGGAGACUUCUGCUAUGCUGAACCACCUCCCACUGCAGCAAUGCAGAUUCUGGAUGGAGAGGUCUGUGCCGUUCACCACUCAGAAGACAGCCCAGCCCUCAGUGCAUGUGGUCUUCGUCCCAGAGACCCAGGACCGGCAGCAGCGCCUCAUCUGCCACGUGACGGGGUUCUAUCCCCGUGAUAUCGAGGUGACCUGGGAGCGGGGGGGCCAGGUGGCCCUGGGGGAGCAGCUGACCAGCGGGAUCCGACCAAAUGGGGACCCCACUUUCCAGAUCCAGGUGUCCAUCGAGCUGGGGCAGGAGGGGGUCAGCCCCGCAGAGCAUGUGUGUGUAGUGAGACACAGCAGCCUGGGGGAUGCCCCUCUGAGGAUGACCUGGGAUUCCCAGGCCACAGGCCAACCUGGUAUCCUGGUGAUUGUUUCUGUCUGCAUCCUUGCGCUGCUGGGAAUUGGGGCCCUGGGCUGGUACCUGAGGAGGAAGCCAGGGGCCCAGAAGGGGCCGUAUCACCCAGCACAGACACAGCCAGAGACUGUCGACUCUGCUCCAGCCACUGCUAAGCCAGCAGGAGGUUCCUCAUCCACAGCACUUUCUCUCCCAGAUGUCACUGAGUGACCAGACACAGAGCCGGCUGCGCAAUGGCCAUCACCGCAGACUGGAGCCACAUGGUCCAUCCCUGGCAAAGGGGAGGUGCAGUGGGUGGGGGGUAACGAAUAAGACCAAAAUCCCUGAAGUACAGGGUGGGAAGCGUGAUGUUGCACUACAUAUGUUUUAUGGAAAUAUGCUUCUGAAUGUGAAUAUGAUGUAAAUGGAAUAUGCUUUAUGCAAAUGGUACCUUGUAUCGUGUCCUUAGGAAGCUUGUAAUCUACUAAAUGUGUUCAUC